AUGAACACAUUCAGAAACAAUCUCAAUGAAGAAAGAGAAAAAAGAAUGAAUAAAAAACAUUACACAAACCAAAACAAGCAUUUUAAUAAUUUAGGAAGAAAUAAUAAAGUAAAUAUUAAGAAUAUUAAAACCUUGUAUAAUAUUUUUUCAUAUGUUGAAAAAGAAAAUACACAAGAAAAUGAUAAUAUUAUUUUAAAUGAAUAUCAAUUUAAUUCACAUAUAAAAGAAUCUUCCAAUAUAAAAGAAACAAAAAUUUGUAGCAAAACAAAAUAUAAUUAUGAUCAAAGUUAUAUUGAAAACUAUGAUUUUUAUCAUACAGAUAAUAUAAUAAAAAAUAAUAAUAUGCAAAAUGUUAAUAUGAAAGAAAAUUAUUCAGUGCAUACUUUAUAUAAUCAUCAUACAUAUUUACAUGAUAAUAAAAAUAAUGAGGAUUAUAAUAUUCUUAAUAUUCAUUUACAAAAUGAAGAAAUAGAAAAAAAAAAAAAAAAAAAAAAUUACACAACACACUGUAACAUCAAGGACAACUUAUUUAACCUUGAAAAAAAAAAUGUACAAAAUAAAAUUAAAGAACACGAAAAUUUUCAUAAUCUUCUAGAUAUUCAAAACAUAGACGACAACAAAAAAAAAAAUAAUAGUAAUAAUAAUAGUAAUAAUAAUAGUAAUAAUAAUAAUAAUAAUAAUAAUAAUAAUAAUAAUAAUGGUGAUGGAAAAAUAAUUGAUCCACUAGAUGUUUCUCUUCAAACCCAUACCCAUAAAAAACCAAAAGAAUCAUCUUUUAUUAAUCGAACAAAUGAAAAUUUAAUAAACUGGUCAAAUGAAACUAAUAAUAUAAAAAGUCCAAAUAACACAAAUGACUUUUAUAACAUUUGUCAUAUUAAUAAUGUUGAAAAUAUAAGUACCAAUGAUAAUUUAAAUAAUUCUUUCGAUAUUUUAUUAAACCUUGAUUUUAAUUAUAACGAAAAAAAUAAACAUAUUAAUAAAUGUAACCAUUCUGUAAAUAAUAACACUACAAGUGAAAACUAUACAUAUUCAACAUUCUCAUCUUUAGAAAAAAAAAAUGAACAAGUAGAACAAAUAAAUCAUGAUAUUUUUUCAUUCAAUAUAUUACAAAAUGAAAAAAAUGUAAUGAAACAAAAUGUUAUUCAUCAUCAUGAUCUUCAUAACAGUAAUAAUUAUAAUAAAAUAAAUGAUAAUAAUAUUCAUACAGUUUCUUAUAAUAAUAUUAAUUUAAUAAAUGAAGAUAUAUUUUUUACAAACAAUUGCAAUGAAAUAAAAAAUAUAAUCAAUAAUGAAAAUAUUAAUUCUACAAACCAUUCUGAUAUUAUUAAUUUAUAUACUGAUAAACAUAUUCCUCAUAAACCUCAAACUCAAAAUGAAAUGUAUGAUUUACUCAAUUUUGAAAUGAAUGACCAAAAUAUAUCCCAUAAUAAUACAUACACAUAUGAACAUCAUCCAAAUUUAAAGAUGGAAAGGUUUCAAGACAAUGCAUUCAUUUCUUAUGAAAAAGAAAAAGAUAUAAUAUUAACAGAAAAGAAAUCAAACCAAAUAAAUUCAGAUAUUCUGAAUUAUAAUUUAAAAGAUUGGGAAGAUAUUUGUAAAGAUGAAAAUUAUACAAAAAGGGAAGAUAUUUUUAAUGUGGAAAUGGAUACUCAAAAUGGGAAAAUGGCUAGUCAAAAUGUGAAAAUGGAUAGUCAACAUGUACAAAUGGCUAGUCAACAUGUACAAAUGGCUAGUCCACAUGUACAAAUGGCUAGUCAACAUGUGCAUACUUUUAGUGACAAUUUACAAAUGGACAAACACAACAUUUCCAUAAUUAAUGAUAAUGUUGGAAUUUCUUGUGACAAUGUUCAAUUGCCUAUUCAAAGUAACGAUAGAGUAAAGGAUCAAUUUUAUGAAAAUUGUGAUGAAUUAUUUUAUGAGAAUAUUGAGAAUGUUGAACAAAAUAUAUAUAGGAAAGAUUUUUUUUUUUUCAAUGAUUAUAAUAAUGACCAUGAAAUUUAUUGCGAAAAAUUCUCUCGAAGUAUAUAUGAAAACAGUUUACGUAAUGAAAAAGAGGAGAAAAUAAAAAAUGAUCAAUUAAUAGAAUUAAGUGAUGAUAUAUAUUCAUUAAAAGAAAAUUAUGAAGGAAGUGAUGAAGGUGUUCUUAUACAUAAAAAUAAAAUUAAAAUUAAAAAUGAUUAUGAUGAUGAUGAUGAUAAUACCUUUUCAUUGGAUAUGAAUAAAAACAGUUGUUAUAUUAUUUCAAAAAGUAAUAAUGUGGAAGAGGUGGAGGAAAAAACAAAUUUGUCUUAUGAUAUGAAAGAGUAUUCUAUAUUUGAAAAAAAUGAAAAUUUUUAUGAUGAAAAAAUAGAUGCACCAUAUGAUAUACAAAAUAACAUUUCAUCUGAUAGUGCAAACUUAUAUUCAGAAAACAAUAUAAUGCCCCAAGAAAAAACAAAUGUCAUAUAUGAUAAUAGGAAUAAUAUAUUUAAGAAUGGUCAAUAUAAUAAUCAUAUGAUACAUAAAAAUGAUGAUGAUAUUGGAAUACAUUGUAUGGACUAUUUUAUUGAGAAAAAAAAACAGCCACAAAUAAUAAAUGAUAAUGAGAAUAAUUCUUUUUUUGAAAUAAUUGAAGAAAUAGAAAAUAUUAGUAAAGAUAUCAUAGGAAAUAAUAUUAAUGAUGAAAAUAAUUAUGUGGAUUUUUCUAAAGAUAUUAUGAAUGAAAUUAAAGAGGAUGAUAUAGAAAAGGGAAAUAUUAGUGAUCAUUUUAAAGAUCUUGAAAAUGAACAGAUUGAAAAUAUACAAAUGAAUAGUAAUACAAUAAUAAAUAAUAAUAUUAUAACAAGUGAUAUUGUGGAUACUAAAAAGGAUACUGUAAAUAUGUACAAUAAAAAUAAAAAGAUGGAUGAUCAAAAUGAUCGAAUUAAUAAUCCAGUGGAUGAUCAAAAUGGUGAUCGAAUUAAUAAUCCAGUGGAUGAUCAAAAUGAUGAUCGAAAUAAUAAUCCAGUGAAUGAUCAAAAUGAUGAUCGAACUAAUAAUCUAGUAGAUGAUAAAACGAAUGAUCAAAUGGAUGAACAUAUAGAACAUGUACAAUGUGUGGACUUUCCAACAAACAAUAUUCAAAAUGUGUACACCCAAAUAAGCAAAAACCAAAAAGAAAAUAAUUAUAACAUGUUAAAUUAUUUCGAAAUAGAAAAUAAAAAAAGAAAAAUGAAAAAUGAAAAGCAAAAGGAACCAUUUAAUUUGUCUAUUCCAUAUGAUACUUCUAAUGAAUAUGACUUAAAAUGUUAUGAUGAUAUUUACAAUAUUUUAAUGAGAAAAAAUUAUUUAGAUAUCUUUCCUAUUUUUGAAGAAAAUAAAAAAUAUAACUUUCAUUAUAUGAACGUUAAAGAUUUCCAAAUAUUUUUAAGAAAAGAAAAAAAUAUUAUGAAAAGUGGUUUUAAUGAAAUGUACGAUUAUAAUGAUUAUAUACAUUUUUUCAUAGAAGAUAUUUUUCAUAUGAAUAUCAAAGAAUUUUUCUUUUUUAACAUAUAUAUAGAUAAUAUGAAUAAAUGUAUUACGAAAAAGAAUAUUUUAAUUAAUAAUAUUAGCAAUUCACAUAAUUUCAUUAACGAUUUUUAUCAAAAACAUGAAAAGGUACUUACAUUAGAUAUCUUUUAUAAAAAUAUAAGUUAUUCACUUUACUUUCUUAUUUUUAUAAAUUUAUUAACAGAAUUAUGGGAAAAGUUAUCAUUCGAUAUAAAACAAAUGAACCCUAAUAAAUUAUUAAAAUCUUUAAUUAAAUAUGUAAAUAAGAAAAAAAUAGUUCAAGUGCUAAAAUGUACUUAUUUAUAUCUUUAUAACAUAUAUGAACAGUUAAAUAAAACAUGUAUUGAUGAAAAGAAAAAGAAAAAAAUUAUUAAAAUUAUUAAAAAAAGUAAAAGCUUUAAAUCAAUUAAAAAAAAUAUAUACAAAAUUAAUAACUCCUGUUUUCAUUUGCUACUAUUUUUCUUGCCACUUUCGGUUCCUCCAUUUAAGAACAAAAUUAAUAUUUAUGAACACCUUUUAACCUAUUUUCUUAAAAAUAUUAAUAAAAUGAUUUUCAAAUAUAUAAAGGAUGAUAAAAAAGGUUCCUUUUUUACUAAUUUUGAAAUGCAUGAUUUGAAGAAGGAUAAACAUCAUCAUCACAAUAAUAUUGAAAAGAAAAGUUAUAAUCAUGAUACAAAAAAGGAAGUUGAACAAAAUAAUAAAAGUUUUCAAAAUAAUAUUUAUUAUAAUGCUAAAAAUAUGGGAAAUUAUAAUGGAAUAGAAAAAUUUUGUACACCUCAAGACAAUGGCGAGAAUAUAUGUACAGGUCAGGUAAAUGUACAAAAAAUAUGUACAAGUCAGGUAAAUGCACAAAAUAUAUGUACACGUCAGGUAAAUGCACAAAAGGUAAGUACAUAUCAUGACGAUGAAAAUUUAAAUUUAAGUAUUGAGGAAGAAGAUAUAAGUAAUUUUUCUGUAAUUAUUUCAAAUAGAGAUCCUUUAGAAAAAGUAGAAGAUUUAAGUAAAGAAAAGAAUGUAGAAUAUGAAACUUUAUUAACAAAUGACGAGGAAAUAAAAUAUAUAGAAGAAAAGACAGGUACGUUAUUUAUAAAUAAUAGUAUUGAAAAAGAAUUAGAUAGAAAUAUGAAAUAUAUAGUUGAUAAUAUUAUACAAAAUAGUAGGAAGAAUAUAUGUUUAUUAAAAAUAAAGAGUUUAGAAGAAUUAUUUCUGUAUUGUUUUGAGAUUAAUAAAAAUGAUUAUAUGUCUAUUAAUAAUUUAACGAAUGCGAUAAGGUAUAUAAAAGUUAAUGAUAAAAUAGAAAUAAUGGAGAAAUUAUUUGAAUCAUAUAUAAAAAGAAAUAUCAAUUUUUAUAAUAUAUUUUUUAAAAUUAUAAUUCCCCUUGUGAAUAGAAUAACAAAUAUAUUUGAAAACUUGGAAACCUUAUUUACGUUAUAUAUAAAUUAUAAUAUUAACAAGAAAAAAAAAAAAUUAUUUUAUUUUUACGACCCAUGGUUAUAUGGUUAUGAUGCCUUUUUAUCAUUCAUACAAUUGGAGGAUAUAAAAAAUGUGGGUGAAAAUAAUAAGGAUUUAUUUUAUAAAAAAAAAAAAUAUAUAUAUAUAAAUGAAAGAAAAGAAUAUAAUAAAGAUGAAAGUAUACAAAAUGUGGAAAACGAUUUAUAUUUAGAUGAUAUGGUAAUAGAAAAUAUAGAUGACUUUUUAACAUACUUUAGAGACCUUGAUAAAAAUUUUAUUUCAAAAAAUAUAUUUGAUACUCUUGAUAAUAUAUAUAGUAUAAAAAAUACUAGCCAUUUACUUUCUAUUAUUAAGAACAAACAAGAAAAAAGGAAAAAUAAAAUAAAUAGAAAAGGAAAAGAAAAAGAAAAAAUAAAAAGGAGACAAAAAAUAAACCAAGAAAUGAAUAAAUUAAAUAUGAGAAUAUAUUAUUCUCAUAUCUUAAAUUUGUGUAAUAAUGAAAGUUAUAUAAAAAUAAAUACAAGAGCAUUAAAAUAUUUAUUCUUUAAUUUGUAUUUCAAUUAA